GCCAUCGCCAUUGCCCACACCACACGGACACGGCGUCCCACCACUCCAGCCCUAUAAAAAUGGAGGGGACUGCACCACACCACAUCUAUCUGUCACGCAUACAACACAUUCUCCUCUCCUCUCCUUCCAGUACACGCCACGCCACCAGCUCUCACUCACUGCUACUACUCCACUGCAAGUUAGCUGCUCCGCCGCGCGCGCGGUCUGGAGCUUCAGCGAGGCAAGGCAAUGGCGAGCUCCCGCGGGCGGUGGGCGAGCCCCGAGCGCACCAUGGUCUGGACCGAGCCGCCGCCAAAGACCACCUCCGCCACCAGGCGCCACCCCCACGCCGCGCCGCCGCCCACCAAGGUGCCCGUCGUCUACUACCUCUCGCGCAACGGCCAGCUCGACCACCCGCACUUCAUGGAGGUCCCCGUCUCCAGCCCGCAGGACGGCCUCUGCCUCCGAGAUGUCCUGGACCGGCUGACCGUGCUCCGGGGCGCCGGCAUGGCGGACGCAUACUCCUGGUCCUCCAAGAGGAGCUACAAGACCGGAUACGUCUGGCACGACCUCACCGCCGACGACCCCGUCCACCCGGCCAGCGGCGCCGAGUACGUGCUCAAGGGCUCCGAGCUGCUCCGCCUCCUCCCCGCGCCCCUCUACCCGCGCGACGCCUCCGCCGGCUCCUCCUCCUCUUCCUCAUCCACCUCCAGCUGCCAGGCCGGGACCGACAAUCACAAGAAGAUGCCGGCAGCGGCCGUCAGCAGGGCCCACGGCCGGCGCAAGAACUGGAGCUCCUUCGACCUCGGCGAGUACCGGGUGGCCGCCGCGCGGGCCGGCGCCGGGGCCGACGCGGCCACGCAGACCGACGAGAGGCGCGGCAGGCACGGUCGGGGAACCGAGCCUUCUCUACCGCCGCAGGAACCGUCGACCGAGCUCGGCGCGGACGAGAUCUCGCCGCCGCCGUCGUCCAGCAGCCCCGACACGCUGGAGACGCUCAUCAAGAACGACGCCCGCGUGGCCGCCGCCUCGCACGCCGUCGCCGCUCGCCGGGAGGAGGAGGAGGACGCGGGGCUGGCGCUGGCGCAGCAGGGCGUGAUCGCGGGCGGGCGCAUGCGCGCGUCGUCGGUGCUCAUGCAGCUCAUCUCCUGCGGUUCCAUCCCCGCGGCCGCCAAGCGCGAGACCGGCCCCGGUGGCGCGAGGUACGCGGCGGAGCGCCGGCUCCCGCGCGGGCGGUCGGACCUGAGCAGCAGCACAGCGGCGGCAGACGGGUUCUCGGGGAGCAUCGGCGUCGGGGCGAGCAUGGAGCGGGAGUACUUCAGCGGCAGCCUGGUGGAGACCAAGAAGACGGCGAGCGGCGACCGUGCCGGCCACGGUGGCGAGCUCGGCGCGCUGAAGCGGUCGUCGUCGUACAAUGCCGACAGGGGCAGAGAAUCCACAAUGAACACUGCUCGUACUACUACCACUACCACAGCCGGUGGUUGCAAGCUGGAGCUUGCGGCGGAGGAGGUGGACGGCGUCCGCGCCCGCUGCAUCCCGGCCGGGAGGAAGCCCAGCAGCGGCAGCAAGAAGUCUCCGACCACCCACGCCCACGUUAGCAGCCGGCGCGGCGACGUGUGAACGAACGAAUGUCUUGCUACGGCACGCGCACUUGCAUCUUUUAAACUUUUCCCCAUAUCCCGGAGUAGCUAGCGUAGAAUUCAAACUCACUUGGAUCAAGGUGUAUGUACUAGUAGAAUGUAGUGCUAUGACAGAGCAUGUGUGUCUGAACCCAGCAGCAGCGUGGCACAUGCAGUGUUUGACUUUGUUAUUUCAUUUGUUCAAACUUCAAAAAAGGAGGCCGCAUCCGUCCCCAUCGCCA